CCUGAAACCAGAACCAUCCCCACGAAAAUCAGUCACGCCGAGGCGGAGAACGAGCCGUGACGAACCAUAGUGAUGGCGAAAUUAAGGGAUUCCGGGCCAUUGAUCAGGUUCACGUGGCACUGGGAGCAAAGACUCAAGCUUAGCAACCUUAUAUGAACCCCCGACAACCUUUCUCCCAUACUCUUCGUGCUGCAGUAACACCAAAAUUUACUUCUUAUCCCUGACUAAACAGCGGGCACAUCAACCACCAAAAUGAAUCACGGUUCCAUGUCCGGAGGGGAGGCCGAGAAGCCCAAAGGACUACCAUUUUUUGACUAUCCGCUAGAAUGGCAUUCCUCCCGCACUGCCACUUGUAGGGAGGUUCUUACCGCAGAGGAAUGCGCAUGGAGUAGAGGAAAUUGGAGAUACUGGUAUAUCAGCGAUUUGGUUUAUGCUCGCGCGCCGCUCUGGUUUGCCCUUGCGACAAUAGGCGUCUUUACCUUGAUACAUUUGCUCUCUCGAUCCUCCUCUCCGAAAAGCCGCGCCAAAGGGCCGCUAUCCAAAGUAAUAGCAGGCUUCCGAUAUCUCUCGUACAAGGGAUACAACUUCCGAGCCAUCAGAUGGCUUACUCCGAGCCUUGGAGUCUUGCUCCUCACUGCCACCGCCAUUGUUUACCUGUUCAUCCUGACUCUAGGACCAAAGCCAUACUAUUGGCCCAACCAUGGAACUAAGUCCUUUGGCAACUCCCCACCCAUCGCUACUAGAACGGGCUGGAUGGCUUUGGCUAUUCUACCGUUCAACUUAGCACUGGCAUCAAAGUCCAACUGGAUUACACUCGCGACUGGAGUACCGCAUGAGAAGCUCCAAGUCUUCCAUCAGUACUCUGCGUGGGCAAUGCUUGUCUUGGCCCUGAUCCAUACGUUCCCCUUCAUCAUUUAUCGACGUUCACAAGGCGACCUGGGAGCUCAAUGGACUGCAAACCUCUAUUACUGGACCGGCGUCGCGGCUCUAAUUCCCCAGGCCUAUCUGACGUUCUUCUCUUGGGCUCCGCUGCGGAAACGAUUCUACGAGUUCUUCAAAGCUACGCAUAUCCUUGCCGCAGUUGUGUUUAUUGUCUUUUUUUUUAUCCACUGCAGUUUCACGCUUACCUCUGUGGAUUACUUCAUUGCUGCCGGAGCUGUCUACCUCAGUGGGCUCUGGUACUCACAGCUCAAGUCUCUCUUCUUAUACGGCUUCUCCCAUAAAGCUGUCCUCACCCCCCUUCCAAGCGGCAUGAUUAAGGCUGUCGUCCCCUUGCGAUCGGGUGGUGCCGCAACCAGAGCUGCACUCCGCCUUUCCUGGCACCCAGGCCAGCACUUCUUCGUCCGAUUCAUUAGCUUCCGUCACCUUGGUCUUCAAUCACUGACCUCCCACCCCUUCACCAUCUGCUCUUUGCCCCCUUCAAAGGACGGGACCAGUCCCUGCGAAGCGGUCUUUUACAUUGAAUCUGCCCGGGGCGUUACCGGACGGUUGGCAGCCAUUGCUCAGAAAUCGCCGGGAAUUUCUAUUCCAGUUAUGCUUGAAGGGCCGUUUGGCGGCAUCGCGCUGAAAUCGUUCGCUCAAUUCGACCGAGCCGUGAUCAUCGCUGGCGGCUCAGGCGCCGGGUUUACUCUUCCACUCGUCGAAGAUAUUCUGGCGCGCCAGAAGGGAAGAGAUGCCAAGAAGACGCUGAUUCAAGUUGUUCUCGCGGCGCGUAAGCCAGAGGUGCGCGAGUGGUUCGUGGAAGAAAUUGGCCGUCUUCAUGAGCGGUAUCCUGGUGCCGAAGCGCUAAGCGUGGCCAUCCAUCUUACUGGCGACUCCAGAAACGGAAGCUCCGGAACACCAUCGUUGGAUGAAAAGAAUAUUGAUGUCAAGGUUUCCUCUACGAAGUCUCGCGGGGAGUGGUUGCAGGUUUCCCAAGGCAGACCCCAUUUGAGUGGUCUUUUGGAAGAGUGGACAGCAAAUGCUGGAGAGAGUGUUGCAAUUGCUGUCUGUGGCCCUGAUAGUAUGACGCAUGACGUCCGUGAGGCGGCAUCUUUGGCACAGACUCGGGUGCUUGCUGGUCGUGGAGCUUCCGAGGUUUACCUUCACACUGAAGGCUUUUCGUGGUAAUGGACAUUCCAGCAUGACAAGUGUACACUUACUGCUCUUCUGCUUUAGUUUUCCUACAGUUUUAUAUCCAAUUCCCUGCUCGCACAGGUUGACGUCAAUAUCAGAUUGCUAUCCUUAUACUACCUAUAUUUAGAGUAAUCAGGAGCGGCUCAAACCGACCCUCUUAAAUAUGAUUACAGUAUCGACAGAGA